AUGGCGCCCAUUUCAGUUUUUGAAACAAAACGUUUGACUGUAAAGGAAUUAUGGGUUAAAAACAUACGAAAACCUUCUGAAAUAAUUAAAAUAACUGGUUAUCCAAGCUCUACUGUAUAUGAUAUU